UUUCGCAGGUUCUCUUGAACACGUUCGUCUGUAUCGUUCAACAGGACCGUUUUUGGGAGCUGAUCGUAGAGAUGAAAAAGUGUUGCAAGGAAGCCAAGCCGUAUGAACGACAGGUUUAUCAAAUGUACGUUGAUAAGUACUCUAUGUUCUAUGGGGUGUCUGCGAUAUGGUUCUACCUCACAGCGUCCAUCAUAGCGAUUGGAACGUUGUUCAUUCCCCAGCCUUUACCAACGAACGCUGAAUACCCGUUUCCCGUUGAUUAUCAACCCCUCAAGAGCAUCCUAUUCCUCCAUCAAUCGUUCCUUGGCUUUCAAUGUUCCGCGCACGUGUGCAUCAACAUGUUUUGCGCUUUGCUGAUGUUGUUCGCGGCGGCUCGUUUCGAGAUCUUGAAGGUGGAACUGCGCGAAGUGAAGAGUUUCAACGAAUUGGUCGAUUGUGUGAAAAAGUAUUACAUUGCGAGAAGGUAGGAAAAGAAGCAUCGGUUAUAAUAGAGAUUUUGGAUAAAAAUAUUUGUUAUUUUAGAUAU